GCGAGGCACAUUUCUUAUGCGACAAUGCUUGUCUUGACACGCAUGUUGUCUGCGAUGGUAACAGCGACUGCAAUCUAAGAGAUGAAUUGAACUGUGAAGAAUGCGGGGAAACGGACUUCAACCUGACCAACAGCCGUCCGGUCGGCAUCGCGAAUCCACCAUUUGUCACGAACAGAGCGGGCCCGGCCUGCACGUGGCAUUUUGUCGCGCCGCCCGACAGCAGAAUCCUGCUGCGUUUCUUGAAUUUCACAAGCGACCUGGUGACCUUUUUUUACGUGACCAAGACUGCGGACGCCUACAUAACGCUGGACGAAAAUCCAGACAUUCUAUUCAUUCGCGGCUUCAAAGUCUUCGCGGCCGCACCAAAAGUGAGAGUUUUCCGAGAGCAAGAGUUGUGGAUUACGUACAUCGAUGCUUUGGCGGAAGCAUUUGUGCUGUCUCCGCUCGACGUAUUGAUCCAUUUUGAGGUCAGCGCUCUUAAUGAGACUGUUGAGUGCAUGGAUGGGCAGUUUCUAUGUGACACAGGUAUCCAGUGCGUUAAUACUAGCAUGAGAUGUAAUGGCUGGCCCGACUGUGAAGAUUAUUCAGACGAACUAGGUUGCUCCGUUGCUUGCGGUCCCGGGCAGCUAUCGUGCACGUUUGCUUCCCAAGAUGUUUGCUUGUCUGACUCACAGAUUUGUGACAGCACGAAGGAGUGCGAUAACUUCCUGGAUGAAAUCAGCUGCACAUCAGGGUGUGGAGACCAGAACAUCCAGCUCCAGCCGAACCGGACCCACACCCUCGCGUCCCAAAACGCCCCCACCGCCCACCCUGCACAAUUUAUCUGCGUCUGGUUUGUCACCGCCCCGCCGAUCACACGGAUACUCGUUCAAACGCUCCGCAUCAAUCUCAACCCGGGCACCAAUCUGACCGUCGGGGACGGCCCCAGCGUGAACAUGAGUCACGUCGUCUGGAAUCGCCAAGGAGGAACAGCGCCCUCCCAUGCCGUCUCUCGGUCCAACGAAAUCUGGAUUGCCUUCGAAGAUGCGCAAGAGAUCUCUGCUUUCAGUCAGCCUGCUAUCGCUGUAGGAGAUGCUCAUUUUGUGUUGGAUCUCUCCAUCUUAGAAGAUUUCGUGAACUGCUCUGAUGGGGACCAGUUUGCUUGUAAGGACGGGUACCGGUGCAUCAGCUCAUCCGAAGUGUGUGACGGCGUCGUGCAAUGCUUUGAUUUUUCCGACGAGAUGUCGUGCACCGAUGAGUGUCCUGAUGAUGCCGCCCGGUGCGUGGAUAAUGAGGGCAACCAUGUGUGCCUUAAUAAGGGGGAUUUUUGCAACGGUCUGGAGAAUUGCGCAAACUACCUGGAUGAAACGUUGUGUUCAAACAUUUGUGGGGAACGUUACAUCAACUUGGAAGAGUACCCUGACUUCACGUACAGUCUGUCUUCCCCCGAUAAUGGUUUCCCUCCCCAGACUGCCUGUCUCUGGAUUUUCACCGCAACCCCUGGACUCAUAAUCCAAAUGGACUUGGUACAGCAAUUCAUUGGUAGCGCGGACUUUUUCACGUUUGGAGACGGGACGAACCCCAGCAACACUUCCAGUAUUAUCAGUUACCUACCCGGCAAUCAUUAUCCCAUCGCAUCUCUACAUCCGAAUGGAUUGUGGAUGACUUUUGCUGCAACGAGCGGGGAGCUCGGCUCUUUUUUAUAUCGCAUCAGCAUUUUUAAUACUACCGUUUCUUGCAGAGAAGAUCAGUUUCAGUGCUCUGUGUCGGGACUUUGCAUAGAUGCUUCCAAACAUUGUGACGGGGUGCUUUCGUGUAACGACAACACUGACGAAACUGGCUGUGAGCACUGCAAUGGAAUCUCCACCUUCAAUGUGACCAACGGCCAAUCCUUCGUUCUUCAACUGAGCUACGAACCGGACGAUGUCAACUUUCCGUUUGGCCGAAACUGCGUAUGGUACGUCACCGCCUCCGCGGGACACCGCAUCAAGAUCACGUACAGGGAGUACAUGUUAUCGGAAGACAACGCUUUAUACUUCGGUCACGGCGCGGUACUGGAAUCCAACGCCGAGACGGUCAGCAGCCACAGCACGUACACCAAGCUGCAUAUCAUUUCAGAGACUGACAAUCUGUGGAUAGCUCUCAUCUCUACCAGCAUGACGUCCGCCAAUCGGUUGAAUUUGGAAAUCGAGGAGCUUAGGCCAGUAGAAUGUAACGAUGAUGAAUUUGCCUGUCCCUCUGGGCUUGCCUGCAUACCACAGAAUCAGGUUUGCGAUGGGUACCCACAGUGCCCGAUGAGAGGUGACGAAAUUGGCUGUGGGCCGUGCUCUGAACAGCAGUACAGGUGUCCAGAAGGCAGUUGUAUUGAUGCGCUUGAACAGAUUUGUGAUGGGACAGCUCAUUGUCUGGAUCUGUUGGAUGAGAUGAACUGCUUUCCAUGCGGAGAAAGCGUUGUCACUCUCAACAACUCAACGCACACCUCAGCAACACUGGCUUCGUUGAAUUACCCAAACGACUAUCCCGACUACGCUCUGUGUGCCUGGUUAAUCACAGCGGACGUAGGCUCCACGAUAGCCUUGCGGUUCUCCGCGUUCAAUACCGAGCGACAUUACGAUACCUUGACCAUUGGCAAUGGCCACGCUCCCUCCGACGGCAUUUCCGUAAUUGGUCGUUUUAGCAGUUCUCUGACGAGUCUAGCGGUUUUUUCCAAGGACCACACGGCAUGGAUGGAGUUUAAGAGCGAUUAUUCAUUAAACGAGAUUGGAUUCGAGGUAACGAUCACGCAAGAGAGAUCUCAAGCUUCUUGCAGACAAGAUGAAUUUGCUUGCCAGGACGCAUCGUCAGGCUUGAUUUGCUUGGCACGUGACGACACUUGUGAUGGUUUUGCACUUUGUCCAGACAGAUCAGAUGAGUCUAACUGCGGCGAAUGCGGACCACAAAACAUCUACGUCUAUGAAAAACCCUUCACCCUCACAUCGCCGAUGUAUCCAGGCGGGUACCCGAACGACCUCAACUGCAUCUGGCUCAUCAAAGGCGAGCUGAUGACACCGGUGACCAUGCGGAUCGAGGAUUUCGAAAUGGAGGACGGCUUCGAUUACUUAAAGGUCGUUUUUCUUGGGGAGGGGGAGAGGCCUGAAGAGCUCUUUCGUCUUACGGGGGCGGACGUCUCGAGGCGGACCGUGACGUGGGAUCAUGAUGCCGGAGUCCUCAAGUUGCAAAUGAAGACAGAUCGCACCACCGGACGGCGCGGUUUCUCCUUGCUGAUAAGUCAUUAUCAGAACUUUACCGAAGAAUUCGAAGAGGGCGAUUUGGAGGCAUUGUGCGAACCAGAUGAGUUCCAUUGCGGCAACGGUUUCUGCAUCACCAAUUCAUCCCUCUGCAAUGGUUACCUGGAUUGCGUAAAUUACGAGGAUGAACUCGACUGCAACGACGUCUUCUGCCCAGGUUCCUACAAGUGUGACAACCUCAACACAAACCAAACCUACCAACCGCCGACCCGCCCGCCGACCCGCCCGCCAGAAGACAGUGGAAGCAGCAGUAGUGAUUCCUCUUCUCCCUCCUCGGAUUCUUCUUCUUCCUCCUCGGAUUCUUCUUCUUCCAUCUCAGUCGCAGACGUCCUUCCUCAGGCGCAGUGCAUUCCUCGGGCGCAAGUUUGUGACGGGGAGGAGAACUGCCCCGAGUCUGACGACGAAAUUCAGUGCGAUGUGAAGCGAUGUCCCACUGGUUGUAAGUGUAGCUACAAGGACGCAGACUUGGUAGUCAAUUGCACCAAUGGCUGGGAUUCCUCGACGUUAGCGGACCUGGCACUAACAACGCAUACUCUGCAGCUUUCUGGAGUGAAUAUUAGUAAACUAGAUCAGGGAAUGUUCAAAGGGAUAUCACAUCUGAAAGUGCUAUCUUUAAGAGGCAAUCUCAUAUCGGAGAUACAGGAACGCACAUUUGACGGCCUGGAUAAGCUGUUAUGGCUCGAUCUAUCAAAGACAUCGAUAAGUGAACUGCAAGGUUCUGCCAUGGAGGAACUGUCCAGGCUACGGGGCAUCACGAUAUUUGAUGUACCGUUGUUGCGAAUAAGGAAGGAUGCAUUCUCGGGUCUCGGUCAGGUGAAGACAUUGAUAAUUGUCCGCAAGAUCAAAGGCCUACCACCACUUGAAGUAGAAGAUGGUGCAUUUAAGGGACUUGAUGAUGUGUCAGAGUUGUAUGUUGAUAACCAUCGACUGUGUUGUUUCUUCCCCUCGGCCGAGUGUAAGACGCUUGAGCCGCAGCCUCCGCUUUUCAUGUGCAGCGAACUGAUGCCUAGGAUGGUCCUCAAAGCAUUCAUGUGGAUUCUUGGUAUUAGCGCCCUCGUCGGCAACAUCUUUGUCAUGGUGUGGCGAUGUCGGGAAAAGACAGAGGGCAGAGCGAGUCGUGUCGUUCAUUCUUUCCUGGUGUUUAAUUUAGCCGUGUCGGAUGCCCUCAUGGGGUUGUACAUGCUGAUCAUCGCCAGUGCCGAUGCGUAUUUCGGAGAGCGUUAUUUUGAGGUGUCUAUGGAAUGGCGGACGAGCCCUAUGUGCAAGAUUGCUGGGUUUAUUUCCAUCAUCGGCAGCGAGGCUUCUGUGUUCUUUCUCACACUCAUCAGCAUCGACAGGUUUCUUUCAAUCGUCUUCCCGUUCAGCAUUUACCAUCUUCGACCUAAGUCAUCUCGGAUUGCUGCAUCAUGUGUCUGGAUCGGUACGGUGAUCGUUGGACUGGUUCCCACAAUACUUGCAACUGACUCUUCAUCUGAUGUUUACGGCCUCUCUGAUGUUUGCAUUGGGCUGCCUCUGAUGACUAAAGUUACUGAAUACGAGACGGUGGAUCAGCAGAUUGAUGCUGGGGGCGUGGCGAACAUCACCGUGGGGAUACCGUCUCCUGUCGAUUACCGAGCUUCCUGGUUCUUCUCCAUCGCUUUGUUUCUCGGGGUCAACCUUCUGUGCUUCACCGUAAUCCUCAUAUGCUACAUCGCCAUCUUCAUCCAAGUCAAGGCAUCGAUCAAGCGCGUGCGCCGCCACAAGAAAAGGGACGACGAAGUGCGCAUGGCCAUCAAGAUGGCUGCCAUCGUCAUGACAGAUUUCAUCUGCUGGAUACCGGUCAUCAUGAUGGGUAUUCUGUCGCAGGCCCGCGUGGUGGAGAUACCAACAGAAGCCUAUGCCUGGAUUGUCGUCUUCAUCCUUCCCAUCAACUCCUCCCUCAACCCCUACCUCUACACCAUCUCAGACAUGUGCUCCCAACAACGAAAGUCGGCUUCUGUACGAAAGUCUGGGCUGCCCAUGAAGGACUCUCAUUCAAAUUCAGAGAACCGAAUCAGUGGUAUUGUGAACUCGGUGACCAUAGAAACCCAGAUUGAUAGCAAGGCUGAUCACGGAAAUAAUAAGACGAUGCAUAUGUGACUUUCUCCAAGCCAGGUGUAAACUGAGUUGUCAAUACCGGCAUGCAAGUUUCCUCAGAUCCACUGAUUUCCUCGUUUUUUACUUGUCAUGAAUGCCAUUACAAAUUGAAAACUACUGUACAAUGCUGUGGUUUGGAGUUUAAAAUGCCACUUGCAUGCCUGCCAAUGCCAUUUAGCUUGUAAAUAAAUAACAAUUAUUGUAUUAUAACAUCUUUAUUAAACUUCAAGAUUUUUAUUUCUAAAAGUUUAAACAAUCUUAACUUGAUUGAGUAACAACAAUGUUCAUGUAGUAACUAUUCUUUAAAUUGUGCCGAUCAUUUCAAUGUAAAAAAAAACCACCGGUAUUUCAUAUUUUAUUUAUACUAAGUUUUUAGUGAAAGUUAGGUAAAUUCAAGGAUUUAUACUUAGUAAUGAUUUAAGUAAUAAAGAAAUUAUGGUACCCCUACAUAAGAACCUUAGGUGGUAAUUUUAACGAUUUGGGCCUCCAUUUAUUUAGAAAACUGAGUGUUUACUCCAACACUGUUUACUCUGUGUACAUGUAUUAGUGUAUUUACAAAAUAAACAAAAU